AUGGUUGAAUAAAUAGAGGAAAUUACUUUAAUAAGAGAGAAAUUCGCAGCACCUUUAGAUAUAAUAAAACUUAUGUUUUUUAUGGUUUUUGUAUCUCAUAUUUUUGGUUGUGCUUGGCAUUAUAUUGGUUAAUACUAAAUUACAUAAGGUGUUGAUAAUUGUUGGUUAAUUAAAUAUAAUUUAGAUAAAUCUAAUUGGGCAACCAGAUAUAUUGCUUCUUUAUAUUUAGCUACUAUUACAGCAUUCACUGUAGGUUAUGGUGACAUAGUUCCAUAGACUUCAUAUGAGUAAGCUUUUAUGAUAUUUAUGGUACUUGUUACAUCCUUAAUAUUUGGAUAUACUAUUUCCUCAAUAUAAACAAUAUUUGGGUAAUUAAGAGAGAAAACAGAUUUGCAUAGAAAUAAUAUGGCAAAAGUGAAUUCUUAUAUGAAAAAGCAUAAAUUAAAUCCUUUGUUGUAAAUGAAAGUUAGAAAGUAUUUAGAUUAUUUUAUUGAUGUGGAUGAUAGUCCAGAACAAUUAUUAGAUAAAUUAGAUGAUGAUUUGAAAUUAGAAUUAAAAUCAAAUAUUUAUGUAUAAGUAAUGAAAACAUGUUCAAUAUUUUCAAAAUUUUCAGAUUUCACAUUAAAAUAAUUGAGUAAAGUCGUAAAAUCAUAAACUUAUAUUCCUGGUUCAAUGAUAUUUUCAUAGGGUGAAUUCAUUAAUAAUGCAUGUUUUAUUGUAAAAGGUGUUGUCGAAUUCAAUAUCAACAAAGUGUCAAUUGCAACUUAAUACAAAGGAUCUGUAGGAUCAAAAGAAUUUAUAGCAUCAGAAUAAGUACAUUAUAAUGCAAAAGCUAUUUAAUUUACAGAGGUAGCAUAUAUAACAUAGGAAGAUUUUGUAAAUGUUUUGAGAUCUGAUCAAAAUAAUUAUGAAUAAUAUUGCAAUUUAAGAGAUGAAAUAAUAUUUAACUUAAUACCUAUACAAUGUUUAAUAUGUAGAAGAACUCAUGAAUUGAUGAAUUGUCCAGUUGUAUUUUAUAAACCAUUAUCAUCAAAAAUAUCAUAAGAUAAAAGUUCAAAUGUAAUUUUGGAGAGAUUUCCACAUUAAAGAAAGAAAUAAUUAAAAUCAAAGGCGAUUACAAGGAUUUAAGAGACAGUAGAACAUGCUUUAGAAGCAGCAUUUGAUUAAGGAAUAAUUUAAGAUGAAGUGAAUGAAGAUUUUUUAAUGAGAUGUGGAUAUAGAGAAAGAAAAUAAGGAUAAUUAAAUGGUAGUAAUGGUUCUUAAAAUGAAAUGAUAAAAUAAUAAUAACAAUAAUAAAUGGAUUUAUUGAAACCUCCUAAAGUUUAUAAAAAGAUAUUUCUUUCAAGUGAGUAUAAUUAAUCAGAAUAUAUUUAAAAUGAAGAUGAAAAAUAAUUAGAAUAGAUUCAUAAAGAUUUUUUAACAUUUAAGAAGGAAGAGAUAGAAGGAAUUGAUAAAAAUGAAGAAUUGAUAUGUUAUAGAAAAAAAGAGAAUUUAAGUAACAUACUAAAUUGUUUAAAAGGGAAUAGAUAUAAAUAAGAAAAUACAAGAAUUACUAGAAUGAAAACUUAUAAAUUUAAAUCAUUUCUUAAGUUUGGUGUUAAGUGA